GGCGGCAGCUGUGGCGGGCAACAUGGACAACGCCGGGAAGGAGCGCGAGGCGGUGCAGCUGAUGGCGGAGGCCGAGAAGCGAGUCAAGGCUUCCCACUCCUUCCUCCGAGGGCUGUUUGGAGGAAACACAAGAAUAGAAGAGGCUUGUGAAAUGUAUACCAGAGCUGCAAAUAUGUUCAAGAUGGCUAAAAAUUGGAGUGCUGCAGGAAAUGCGUUUUGUCAGGCAGCCAAGCUCCACAUGCAGCUUCAGAGCAAACACGACUCUGCCACCAGCUUUGUGGAUGCCGGAAAUGCUUACAAAAAGGCAGACCCUCAAGAGGCUAUCAACUGCUUAAAUGCAGCCAUCGACAUUUACACAGACAUGGGAAGGUUUACAAUCGCAGCCAAGCACCACAUUACUAUUGCUGAGAUCUAUGAGACUGAACUUGUAGACAUUGAGAAGGCUAUUGCACAUUAUGAACAGUCUGCUGAUUAUUACAAAGGAGAAGAAUCUAACAGCUCAGCUAACAAAUGUCUGCUGAAGGUGGCGGCGUAUGCUGCCCAGCUUGAGCAGUAUCAGAAAGCCAUUGAGAUCUACGAGCAGGUUGGAGCCAACACCAUGGAUAAUCCUUUGUUGAAGUAUAGUGCAAAGGAUUACUUCUUUAAAGCAGCCCUCUGUCACUUCAUAGUAGAUGAGUUGAAUGCCAAGCUUGCCCUUGAGAAAUAUGAGGAAAUGUUUCCAGCAUUUACCGACUCAAGAGAAUGUAAAUUAUUGAAAAAACUUCUAGAAGCUCACGAAGAACAGAACAGUGAAGCUUACACUGAAGCAGUGAAGGAAUUUGACUCGAUAUCUCGCCUGGAUCAGUGGCUGACCACCAUGUUGCUUCGUAUCAAAAAGUCCAUCCAGGGGGAUGGAGAAGGAGACGGAGACCUAAAAUGAAAAGUUUAUAUCUUUGUGGCAUGCAGCUAACUCCUCUUUAGUUUUGUCUUAAAGUCAAGUGAUCUUUAUGGGAUGCCCAUUGAAUGGCUUCAUUUUGUUGCACAUGAGCCAAAUGAGCUGUGUAUUGUUUAAGCUCGCCAUGUCUGUGUCCCUGUGAAGUGGAUGAAUGGUGGGAGACUCUGUUCAUCUUGUGCUUAUGAUGGGCUGUUUCAUGCUUAUCAGAAUCCCCAGAGUUUUCUAAGAAGUUCUUCAGAAUUUCAUUCCUAUUAUUUUGAUAUUUGUAGAGCCCAUGUUUAAUGUUGCUCACGUGUUUUUAUGUUCUUUUUCUUGGACUUGAGUACCCAACCCAGUUGUUCUCAUAGAUGCUUUUCAUAUUCUCUAUACAUGGGCAUCUGGAUGUAUUCUUUAAAUGUGUGUAAUUAGUUUAGAACAGUUACUAGGAAUGAGUUUAUAACUUCAUUAGACAUUGUUUGUAUUGUAAUCUUGUGAUUAUUUUGAUCGUGCUAGUGACAAGUUUCUUUGCUUUUUAUAUUAUUCCAUAUGCUAACAUGUGCAUGGCAAAAAUUUAGAACACCCAGGGUCUGUUUGUAUAACUUACAUUGUGAAGAAAAGGAGUUUCCUGGCAGUACUUGUAUGAAUGAAUGUCAAGGUAGAUUUGAUUGAGUGCUUAUGCAUGCACAUGCACACACAAGUAUGUAACAUCUGUGAGAAGUGGAAAUUUUCCUUUCCCUUGAGAUAGUUUCCACUUUUAGUUGUAGUGGAAAUCCCUACAUUUGCACAAAAGUGUUUUAAUUGGCACAUUGUGUUCUUUAUUUUAUGUUCAUACACUUUCCCACAUUGAGGUGUUUUCUGUGCCAUGGUCAUGUAAAUCUUGGUAAGGAUAGAUUUCUAAGUCACAGUUUGAGGAUAUAUGUAAAUUUCAUCCAUUUAUUGAACAUGAUGGGCUAGGUGAGGUAAAUACGGUACCAGAGUAUAUUUUAUGUCCAACUGGACAAGAAUCCCGACAUGCUUCUGAAGGGACUUGAUUUUUCUCUUAGCUGAUAGAAUUAUUUUAGCUUGUAUGUUUGAACUCUGUCCUGUUUUAGUUUACAUAAUAUAUAUAUGCUCUCUUGAUUUAUGAAUGUGAUUGUACCUAUUAUUUUGUAUGCUGAUAUUGUACUUUGGUCAAGGUCUUGUUUCCUGAAUCUCCUCUGUGCAUAUUUUUAUGCUUUUGAUAUGCAUUUGUUGCCAGAUGUAACUUGUGGUUCUUUCUAAAUUGUGCUGCUGUCAUUAAUGACAGAUAAUUAAAGUUCCCAUGUUAUGUCAAGGGGUAAGUAGUAUUGGAAUGGUGUUUUCAUUUUGGGAUGGCCCUUGAUGGGGACUGGUAGGGUUUUGUUGGGCAGGUGUUGAGUGGGAGUGCCCAGGCCUGGGCCAAGCGAUGGGAGUUUGAGGAGUGGUGAGUAGGUCAGUCUAGGAUGAAAGAAGAGAGAGUAGCAGGAAAUGAAAUUUAAAGGGCCAGCUGAGGCCGGAUUAUAGCAGUUCUACAUCAGGUGGCUGUAAGGAUUCACUGGCUGUCAUUACGGUGGUGACAUGCAUGAAGGGACUGGUGGAGCAGGAAGCUCAGUGAUUGCAGUGUUCACUGGGGGUAGGGGGAAUGGGCCAGAAGAUGUGGACACUCUGGCCAUGGGCCCUGGAAUCUGAUGAGGAUCUCUUCCUUCCUUCCAAGUUCUGGGAUUCUUAAGUGAAAGCUGGCUAUCACUGAAGGUAAAAUUUGGAAAGGAGCCCAGUUAGUACUUCACUCCCUGUUAGAAUCCCUUAUGAAAAAUUGAUCAGAGAGAAAAAUGGGUUCUUGUUGCAGUACCUAAUGUAUUCUGUAAGUAGCCCAAUGCCCGCUAGUGAAAAGGAGGUGUGGGGAUUGAUUCUGCAGCUUGAGUCCUCUGGCUUUAGGUAUCUUCCAUUAGGAGAGCAUUUCAGCACUAGGCAGCCAUCAUGCUUGUUUCAUCACUAGUUGAAAAAGUUCGUUUCCAUUUGCUAAAAGAAUCUUCUGGUCUGACCACUUAAAGUAUAAGCCAUUAAGACAAUUCUGUUUAGCUUUUAUCAGCAUCCAGUAAUAGACCCCUGUGUGAAGAAUAGGUGUGUUUUUGUAAAAAUAGUGUUUAUAACAUUUUGUUAUGUCAAUCUGAGAGUUGCUUGCUUGUAUUAAAAUAAGCAGUAGGACCAGUGCCUGGGUUAAGAAUUUUUGUUUUUAAUAUUUCACAUGAAAAGAAUAAAAGUAGAGUUGGCCCUUUGUAACCACGAGUUCCACAUGUAUGGAUUCAACCAAUUGUGGAUUGAAAAUAUUUGGAGGGGGAAAAAUAACAAUAAAAAUUAAUACAAAUAAAAAAUAACAGUAUACAGUAUAACAACAAUACAGUAUUACAUAGCAUUUACAUUGUAUUAGGUAUUAUUAUUAAUCUAGAGAGGAUUUAAAGUAUAUGGUAGGACAUGCAUAGGUUAUAUGCAAAUAUUACUCCGUUUUAUGUGAGAGACUUGAGCAUCUGUGGAUUUUGGUAUUCGUCGGGGGUCCUAGAACCAAUUCCUCAUGGCUACCGAAGGACGACUACAGAACAGACCCAUCAGGAGAUAAAAGGAGAAUGAGAAAAAAAGCCUAGACCAACAGUAUACAAACUUACUUCCUUGAUAUGUCCCAGGGACGUAGGACUAGUGCCAUGUUAUGAGAUACCUGUUGAUUAGAUUUUCAAGAUUUAUAGAACGCUGCUUAUGAACAAAAUAUAAUGAUUAUUUAUGUUGCAGUUCUUAUACUUUAGCAAAUCUGGGGGUUAGUUCAUAGUCGAAGUCAGUUAAAAUUUCUUACAGGAAAGCUUUGCUUUUGGUGGCAACAUUUUUAUAGCUUGUAUGAGUUCCCAUUUUUGUUUAAUAAUUUGAAGACAGUAUUUUUGCACAGUUGUGACCAUGUGUGGUGGUGUCACUGUAACCAAAGUAUAUGCACCAGCCCUUGUACAUUCAUUUAUUGUUUCUUCUGAUACCACGCAUUUAAAAUGUUCAAAUGCAAACCUUUGUGAUGUUUUUUGGAGGAUUUGGCAGCACAGCGUGCCCCUGUGACCUGCCCACUGUGGUGUGAGCUGUGACCAGUAGCAAGUUUCCUGCCCUGUGAAGUCCUGAGUUGCUCUUGGGCAGGGGAUUACAUUAUGAAAACCAUGUAUUAAGAAAUCUGCUUUUGCAGAAAGUGUUUGUAUCGUGUGAACCUGUACAGUAAAUAAAGUGGAAAUUAUGAGUAA